AAACAUCCAGAAUAUAUAUGAUACUUUAAGUUCGCAUAAAUGCUUGAAAAUAAAUACAAAUAAUUAAACGUAAAUAUCUUAAAUAAUUAAAAAUACUCAAAACUCCAAAAAUACUUAAAUAAUUAAUAAUUCUCUAUCCAAAUAUUUAAACCAAACCUAUUUAAAUUGGUUAUCCAAAUCCGAACCAAAUCCUCAAAGAUCUGAACACGAAAUCCAAAAAGACUCGAAAACGAACCCGAACUCCCACACCUAAUCAUUAUUUUAUAUAUAUCCUAUAUGUGUCAUCAUAGGUCACAAGAUAUGUGUUAUCAUAUAAUUAAUCAUUUUUUAUACGCACCAUCAAAUAAGUUUUUUUAUAAUUAAUAAUAUUUUAUACGUAAUCAUAUAAAUAAUCACAUAUAUUAUAUUUUAAAAUUUAAUGUGAAAUAUAAAAGCCAUAAUUUAAGUUGGUGUUUGAAAUUGGGCUUUGUAUUGUAUUUUUAUUAUAUAUAUUGAAAAUAUUUUUAUAAUAGUUAUUGGAAAAUAUGUUAGUAAAAAUCAAAUUUUGAAUAUAUGUAUAUUUUUGAAUAAAUUUUUGAUAUAAAUCAAUUUUAAAUUAUUAUUUUGAUUUGAAUAUAUAUAUCAAGUAACAUAGACUCAUUACUUGUGUAAUACAAUGUAAUGGACUUUUAAUUUUUUUAGUAGCAUGAACCCAUUAUUUUUUUUCUAACUUAGUGCUAUCAAUGUUUCCAAACAGAACUAUUUUUUUAACUACUAUCCAUAUUGCCAAACAAUCCCAAUUUUUACUUCAAUUUUAAUAAUAUAGAUAUAUCAUUGAGAAUUGUUUUGUUGAAAAGGUGAGGAUAAUUUAGAGGAUAAAUAAAUUAUAGUAUAAAUUUAUGUGGUGUCCAUUAAUUACAUUAAUCUCUUUACUAAAGAAAUUAUGUAUAGUUACCAAAAUGUUAGGAAAAAAUAAAAGUGAGGAUAUUAUGUUAGUUUUGUUGCCAAACAAUUUUUGUCAGUUAUAAUUAUUUUAGGAAAUGAUGUAAAAUUGGAAAUGACAUGAAUUAAUUAAAGUUAAGAUUAUUUAUUAUUUCAGUGGCAUUGCUUUGUAAAUAAGUUAGAAGUUUUAGGGAUAUUUCUUAUUUGUACUUCUAUUUUAAUAAGAUAGAUAGUUUUACUUAAAAUCACAAAUAUUUAGAAAGUUGUUAUCUAAAAAAAUAUAUCACUUAAUCAAUUAAUUUAACCAAUUAUAAAAAACUUAACAUUAUUUUAUUGGUCACACAAUAUCCAAUAAAUGAAAAAGGUGCAUUGAAAUAUGAAAACUACUUAUAUUGUGAAACAAACUAUUUUUGCUAAAACUAGCUAUAUUUGAAAGCAGAGGGACUAUCACUUUACAAUUUCAAUGCAAAAUAUACUUACUUUCCGCUGAAAAUUAAUUUCAAACUGCAUUGAUUUUAUAAAAAAAAUUAUUUAUCUCAAAUACUAUUGGUUAGAGAAGUGUAAUUAAUAAUAACUUACAUAUAUUUCAGCAAAUUUUUUAAUAUGUGUGAAAAAUAUCAUAGUGACAUUUAUUCAGAAACGGAUGAAGUAUUUAUCAUAGAUUUUCAGUUUAAAAUAUUUGUAAUUAGUGGAUUGAUCUAAAGCUUAUAUAUAUUAAAUAAAAUUAUGUUCCAAUUUCAAAACAGAACAUAUAUUUUUUCACACAAUCUUUUAGAUAAUAAUUUUCCCAUGGAUUUUGACAGAUUUUAGUAUGAAUUAGAUCAACCCAAUUUUGGAUCAAAUCAAAUAGGUGAAAUCAAGGUAACAAUAACAUUUCAAUGUAGUUGCUCUUAGUAUUUAUUACUUUUAGAAAGAUUUAUGUUUUGAUGACAAAAAAAGAAAGAAAGAUUUAUGUUUUAGAAAAAAAAAGUUUCUAAAAUAUUUAUAUUUUACAUUUUCAAUGUAUAUAUGUAAUAAUGAUGACAAAACAAAUGUAUGUAAUAAUGACAAAUUAUAAAUUUUAAAGACAUUAAUUGUAUUUACCGAAUUUAAUUGGUUAAAAAUCAUAGGAAAUAGCUAAACAAGGAAAACAAUGUAUUUAUUGUGAAAAUUUUAAGAGUUUUUUUAAUAAGUGUAAAAACUCUAGUUACACAUUAUUUUUAAAUGGAAGGAGUAUAGUAUAAUGAUAGCGAUUUCACGUAAUUUUCCCCCCUUUUUUUUCAUGGGCGCAGCGAAUUAAACCACAAUCACAUGAAGCGUCUCGAUUUCCAUCAAAAAGGAGUCAAUUAAACGCUGAUCCGAGUAUUAUCAUUUGUUUUGGCCUAAUUGUUUUCCUAAUUCAUACAUAUAAUUAUUGUUUUAUCCUCUAUGACAUCUACGGUUUAACAAACAACUUAUAGUCUUCUACCGAUAUCGUAAAGUUGAUGGGCGGCAUAACUAUCAUCAACAUAGACAUUAAUAUUAAUGAAUGUCCAUGUUACACCUCCCAAAAUCCAAAGUCAACUUUGACUAUAUAAUUCACAUAUCCCGACAGCCAAAUACGCGUAUGUAUAAAGUGCGUACGUAUCGUCAAUCUCCCUUCACGAAUGGCUAGAUGCUACGGUACAUCGUAAUUAUGCUAUCUAGUGGGUCCAAUCUAUGUUGAAUGAAUCCGUACAAGAGAAAUAAAGUUGCUAUUUUUCUGAGGCAAUAUGACAAGUAAGUAGUGGACUAGCGAACAAGUCGGUAGGUUUUAACCACGUCGAGUGAACAUAAAUACACAAUACGCAUGCGCGGAUGCGCCUGCGAAUGAAUAUAACAGGCAUUGUAAUUUUGUAUGUGAAAAGUAAUUAUGCAAUGUAAUGGAUCAAUACACGAUACACGUGCCCCACUCUGUUCGUAUGGCUACAGUUUCUAGAAUUAGUCUGAACUUAGAUUAAUGUAUAAUCGUUAUAAACUUAUUAAAUAAUCAAAAAAAAACUUAUUAAAUAACAACGACUCGUUCAUAAAAUUCCAACAGAUGACAAAAAGAGGUAAAAUGACACAGUAAGAGUACACAAACUCACAACCGUAACAGAAAAUAAAGAAUCCAAACUCACAUCUAAACUAUGCCUCCUAGCCACGAGGGAUCACAAAAAGAUCUAGAUAAUGAUAAACAAGUAAAUGUCGAAUUUAUUACAACUAAACAUGUUUGUAAUACUUAGUAGAUUAAUUAACAGAAACAAAUAAGAAAAUAUUGUUUUUUUGGCUUGAGAACCCAAGCAUUGUAAAUAGUUUUCUCAGCUACCAGUGGCGGAAGUUAAGGCCGCAACUUUUUUACCAAAAAUUGUUAUACACCAAAAUAAAAAAUGUUUGGAGAAGGUUAAAUAAGGCAAAAGCAAACGGUCGGUGACACACAACAUGACAACACAAGUAUUCGUGUCCUCUUCAGAAAACUCUAUAUCCCUUCGUCGGACAAUCCAUCUUCUUCUUCCCAACUGUCUCUUUGCUUCACAGCUUUCUAUACAAACCUUUGAUUCUUCCUUUUUAUCCAUCUCUUUGUACUUCUUUUCGUCCUUUUUAAUUCUGUCUGGUUUGGUCUCGUCGUCACCAUAGAGAGAAUUUAGUUGAAUGGUCUCUGUGUCCAGUCUCUCCACCACUGCUUCUCCUUCGGGAUAUGUUUGUUCCCAUUUCGAAGAAACUAAGUGAAGAAUAACCAACCCACGUAUGCAAGUUUAACUCUUUUAUUUAUUUUGAACUCAGUUUCUCGAACUCUGCGAUUGCUUAUUUUGUAAAUUUCUUUUUUUAUAUAUAUAUAUUUUACUUUGUAAAAUUGUUAUAAAUAAAAAGCCUUUGUAGGUUGCUUGGUUGGAAGCAAAACUGGCAGUUGUGAUCCUUGUUGAACAUUCCUCUUUUGAGAAGAAAAAAAUAACUUGAAAGCAGCAUUGUGCUCUAAGCUUGGUUCUAUAGUUUGAACAACGCUCGAGAAACAAUGGAUCACUUGUCUCAAGAGGAAGAUUUGCAGUUCUUUGAUGCAUCAUCUCCACGUGGUUUUGAUUUUGAUCCUGGAAGUGUUGUGGAGCGGCGGAAGAAGUUCUUGGAGUGGAUGGGACUCGAACAAGUUCUUGUUCAACCGAAAAACUCAGAUGCUGAAUCUGGUCUGGAUGGAGAUUCUGUUGAAGCUGCCGAGCAGAGAUCUGGAGGGUGCAGCUUCUCUUCUGCGCAGGUAUCUUCCUCUGGUUCAAGUGAGGAAUUGUCUCUGAGAGUUGAUAAAAAUGUCGGUGGAUGCGAUGCAACGAGAAGGCAAAGCUCUUCAAUGGCAUCGUGUUCUGAUCCUACAUGUUGUCAAGUGAUGGAAACAGAGAAGCAGAGCACCAUUUUCAAGAAGGGAUGGUUAAGGAGGCUACGGUCUAUGGGAUGUUCCACGGGUACAAAGAUCCAAUCCGGUGUGCUUUCAAGAGUUAAGGUCAAGCACUACAAGAAACAGACCAAGGAGCUUUCAGCUCUUUAUCAUAGCCAAGACAUUAAAGCACACAAUGGUUCCAUUUCAUCGAUGAAAUUUAGCUUCGAUGGGAAGUAUCUUGCAAGCUCUGGUGAAGAUGGGAUUGUGCGCGUGUGGGAAGUCACUGAGGAUAAAAGAUCUACACUACAAAAAGAUUACCUUAACCCUUCGUGUGUGUACUUUGAGCUAAACGAUCACUCCCAGUUGAAACCGAACAAGACCACAGAAAAGUUCAAGAAAACAUCUGAUUCAGCAUGUGUUGUCUUCCCUCCUAAAGCUUUCCGGAUAAUGGAGAAACCUUUACAUGAAUUCCGCGGCCACACGGGUGAAGUCUUGGACAUCUCAUGGUCAAGGGAUAAUUAUCUUCUCUCAGCUUCAAUGGAUAAAACUGUUCGGCUAUGGAAAGUCGGUAGCAAUGCUUGUCUUGGAGUCUUCCCUCACAAUAGUUAUGUAACUUGUGUUCAGUUCAACCCGGUGAAUGAGGACUACUUCAUGAGCGGUUCGGUUGAUGGAAAAGUUAGAAUCUGGAACAUUUCUGGUUGCAAUGUUGUUGAUUGGGCUGAUGUCAAAGACAUUAUAUCUGCAGUGUGUUACCGCCCUGAUGGACAGGGAGGAGUUAUCGGUUCUCUAACCGGAAGUUGCAGAUUCUUUAACAUGUCUGGAGAGUAUUUAGCGCUGGACUCUCAGAUACAUUUUCAUAACAAAAAGAUAUCUCCAAAUAAACGGAUCACUUGUUUCCAGUUUUUACCUCAAGACCCUAGCAAAGUCUUGGUUGUUUCAGCCGAUUCCAAAGUUAGAAUUCUUCAAGGCAGCGAUGUUGUUAGAAGAUACAAAGGGUCUCCUAAGUCUGAUGGAAAGUACAUUGUUUCAGCUCGUGAGGACUCCAAUGUAUAUAUAUGGAGCAAUAGAAAAGAGUCAGAUUCUUCUUCUUCUUCUUAUUCUCAAACCAAAAGGAUUAGAUCUUUUGAACGUUUCUCCACCAAUGCAUCCGUGGCAGCAACCUGGUGUGGGUUCUCAGAUCACAACAGAACUAUCCCGUUUUCUUCACCACCUUGCUUAUCCCUCAAGGAAAGUGGAUCAGUUCCCAAGGGAAACGCGACGUGGCCAGAGGAAAACUUAACCGAAAAUCCUCUUUCUUCAAUGACUGCAUCUCAGUACAAGUUUCUCAAGUCCUCGUACCAAAGAGCAACAAGUAGCUCUCUAGCUUGGGGUAUGGUCAUUGUCACAGGUGGUUGGGACGGACGGAUCAGAACAUUUCAGAACUACGGCUUGCCUGUGACCGUAACUUGAAGGUGACAUUGUUCCUUUAUUGAUAGGAACAAGCACAUGGUUCUGGCAGGUCUUUGAAGCUAUGGUGGGUCCAAAAGGAAAUACCAGAACCGUUUCUGCUAUUGUCCAAUAGUCGAAAAUAGACUCAAAAUGCUAUUUUACUCGUAAAAAUUAUCAUCCUGUGGAGAUGUAUCAAGAAGGGUGAGUGAGAGACUUCAUCGGUAGACGCAGAGGAACAUAUGUGUUUUUCUUGGUAGUAAGUGUCGGUUGGAGAUGGUUUCAAAAGAGUACGGAUUUGUCUGAAAAAUCCUCGACAAGGGGAUUGUGGGGUCCAAAGAGACAUCAGACAAGUGAUCAUGGAGAAGGAGUGGUUGUGGCUGUAGGAGAAAAGUGUUUUAUAAGAAAAAGAAAAAAGUUUCUAAUGGUAGUGAUAGGUUUUGUUGUGUCUAUUCGUUCGUUGCUUGAUACGGUGUCGUUUGAUAAGUUAUAUCAGCUUAUUUUUGAAUUUGAUUUCCACUUAUGUAAGAUGAAGAAGAAACAAGAAUUAAUUGAUUGUUAGUCAGCUCUAACUCAGAUAGAGGCUCCGGGGUUUCGUGUCUGUAAAUUUACACAGCCAAACCUUUUUUAGAGUAAUGUGAUCAAAUUAGUAAUUUCGUUUUUUUUUUCCUGAACCAUCACUUCUAAACUAACAAGUAUCGAUAAUCAUUCUGUAAACCGUAGACAGACAACUCAAAUGCAAUAUUGGUUUUGUAAGUGCAACCAGAACAAUCUUGAUUGCGGUGUAAUAAAUUGACCAUUGCGUUAUUCCAGUAUAGUGGUGGACUGGUGAGGUGUAUAGCUGAAUCGUGGUGCAGUAAAUUGACCAAGUAAUAUAACAAUUAAAGUACAUAAAUAUUUUUUAUUAUAUAUUUUCUAAGGGUGUAACUGGUAAACAAAUAUAAAAUUUGUGAAAUUUAAAAUAAAUGGAAUGGUAAGAAUGGAAUAUAACAAAAAAAAAAUAGAAUGAAAUUCAUUCAAUUCAUUCAUGAUCAAAUUUGUUAUGAAAUGAUUUUCUUUGUAUUUUCUCUAUUUAUUUUUGGAAUUGAUGGAAUGAAUAUUUCAUUACAUUCAUGUCAAAUGGUAAAAAAAAUUAUGAAAUUAAUGGAAUAGACCAUUCCACAUCAUUUCAUUCCAAAAAUCUUUCAUCCAAUUGCAGCCUAAGUGUGUUGUUCAAAAAAAAAAAAAAAAUUCUAAGUGUGCAUUUAUGUUUACAUUGAACAAUAUGGUUAUAAUAAUUUUGUAUAGUAUCAAGAGCGCAUCUGGUGUAGUGGUAUCAUAGUACCCUCCCACGGUACUGACCAGGGUUCGAUUCCCUGGAUGCGCAUAUUUUGUUUUUAUAAUCCGUUCUCCAUUUUAGUUUUAUGUUUUGUUUCCUGGCAUUAGCAGUUUCAUAAAAUAGUCUGCAAUUUGGCAAAAACGUCCAACUAGUUGGUUAGAAAUAGUCUUGUAGGAUAUUCGUACAGAACACUAAACCAACUUGAUUUUAACAAUUAUAACUAAGUGAACAUUUCGUAAGGUCAUCUCAUAGAACUACAUUGUCCGAUAUAAUAACAGAAAAGGAACUAUGUCACCAUAAGAUUUACUAUAUAUUGUAAAACUAGUCCUUGCUGAUGUAAAUAAGAUUCACAAUUGCUUAAGAUUAAGAAGCUUAAAAUAAACAAAGAAAAAGAAAAGACUGAACAACCAGGAACUAUGCAUUACCAUUCCCUUAUGUUCAAAUCCAAAGCAGAAAACAAAAGAAAUUCAAUUCCAAAAGCAUUAACAAAAUAAAGCUAAGAAACCCCUACCAAGAAAAAUGUAAUCCACAU